AUGGCUACUACCGCCGAAGCAUCGAAUACAACAACUGGUAAUACAGAAACUGCAACAGGCAAAAUGAUUAAGAUUCAAUCUAACGAUGGACAAAUAUUUGAAGUUGAUCAAGGCGUUGUAGAACAAUCAUCAACCAUUAAAACUUUAUCUGAUUUAAUGGAUGUUGGUGAUGUACCAAUUCCUUUACCUAACGUUAAAGCAUCAAUUCUUGGCCCAAUUGUUGACUUUUGUAAUCAUCAUAAAAAUGAUCAAAAACCAGAACCAAUCGAUGAAGAUGAUGAUGAUGACCCGAAUAAAGAUAUUUAUGAACCAAAACGUUCGGAUGAUAUUUGCGAAUGGGAUUUAAAUUUUAUUAAACAAUUUACAGUACCAGAAGGUACAUUAUUUGAUAUAAUUAUGGCAGCAAAUUAUUUAGGAAUAAAAACAUUACUUGCUGUGGGCUGUAAAACAAUUGCUAAUAUGGUUCGUGGUAAAUCAUCAACAGAAGUUCGAGAAAUGUUUAAUAUUUCAUAUGAUCCACCCGGUGAAGGUAUUAAUGCACCAAAUGCAAUUGAAGGGCAAGCAGGAACAGUUCCAACAACGCAAGAUGCGAAUGCAACUGGUCCUUCACCACAACCAGAUCCAAUGAAUCAAUAG